AUGUAUCAAUGGAGGAAAUUCGACUUCUUCGAGGAGAAGAAAAGCAGGAUUCCGGAGGAAAUAGAGGGCAAAAUUGAGUGCUGCUCUAGCGGCAGCGGAAAGAUCGUAUUGGGUUGCUAUGACGGCUCCGUUUCGUUGCUCGAUCGUGGUCUCCAUUACCUCUAUUCCUUCCCCGCGCACUCCUCAUCCGUCCUUCACCUCCAGCAGCUCAAGCAACGCAACUUCUUAGUUACAGUAGGAGAAGAUGAGCAAAUAUCUCCGCAACAAUCAGGCAUGUGCUUAAAGGUUUUUGACCUUGCUAAAAUGCAAGAUGAGGGCUCAAGUACAUCAAGUCCAGAAUGUGUUCAAAUUUUGCGGGUAUUUACCAACCAAUUUCCUGAAGCAAAGAUAACAUCUUUUUUAGUUCUAGAAGAAGCUCCGCCUAUAAUAUUUAUUGCCAUUGGAUUGGACAAUGGUUGUAUUUAUUGUAUCCAAGGCGAUAUUGCUCGCGAGCGUAUUAAGCGCUUCAAGCUUCAGGUGGAUUAUGCUCAUUCAAAUAAAGACCACUCUCCUAUUAAUGGUCUUGGAUUCCGAGUGGAUGGCCAAGCCUUUCAACUGUUUGCAGUCACUCCAAAUUCAGUAAGCUUGUUUGACUUGAAGACCCAACCACCUCGUGGGCAAACACUUGAUCAGAUUGGAUCUUCUGCUUCUACUGUAGCAAUGACUGAUCGCUCGGAACUUAUCAUUGGUCGGUCUGAAGCAGUAUAUUUCUAUGAAGUUGAUGGUCGAGGUCCUUGUUGGGCAUUUGAGGGGGAGAAAAAAUUCGUUGGGUGGUUUCGUGGUUAUCUUUUAUGUGUUAUUGCAGAUCAAAGAACUGGCAAGAAUACUUUCAACAUUUAUGAUCUGAAGAACCGUUUAAUUGCCCAGAGUCUAGCCGUUAAAGAAGUUUCUCACAUGCUUUGUGAAUGGGGUAACAUAGUACUUAUAAUGGAAGACAAAUCUGCUCUUUUUAUCGUAGAGAAGGAUAUGGAAAGCAAGUUAGAUAUGCUUUUUAAGAAGAACCUGUACUCUGUUUCCAUUAAUCUCGUUCAGAGCCAGCAAGCUGAUGCUGCUGCAACUGCUGAAGUCCUAAGGAAAUAUGGUGAUCAUUUAUAUAGCAAACAAAACUAUGAUGAAGCUAUGUCUCAGUACAUCCACACCAUCGGUUAUCUUGAACCUUCGUUUGUCAUACAGAAGUUUUUGGAUGCACAAAGAAUCUACAACCUUACAAAUUACUUGGAGAAGUUACAUGAAAAUGGGCUUGCAUCCAAAGACCAUACCACCCUACUGUUAAAUUGUUAUACCAAAUUGAAAGAUGUUGAUAAGCUGAAUGUUUUCAUUACAAAUGAGGAACAAGUGGGGGAACAUAAAUUUGAUGUAGAAACUGCGAUAAGGGCAUGCCGAGCUGCUAAUUACCAUGAGCAAGCAAUGUAUGUUGCCAAGAAGGCCGGGAAGCAUGAAUGGUACUUGAAGAUUUUACUGGAGGACCUAGCUAUGUAUGAUGAAGCAUUGCAAUAUAUAAAUAGCCUUGAACCUAGUCAAGCUGGGGUAACUGUCAAAGAAUAUGGAAAACUUCUUAUAGAGCACAAGCCAAGGGAAACAAUUGAAAUACUGAUGAGUCUUUGCACCGAAGAAGGUGAACUGGUCAAGAAGGGAGCAUCAAAUAGUUCCUUUUUAACCAUGUUGCCAUCUCCUGUUGAUUUUCUCAAUAUUUUUGUGCAUCAUCCACAGUCGCUUAUGGAAUUUCUUGAAAGAUACACCAACAAAGUGAAGGACUCACCUGCUCAAGUAGAAAUCCAUAACACACUAUUAGAGUUAUACUUGUCUUGUGAUUUGAACUUCCCAUCUCUUUCACAAAAUAGCAUCAAUGAAAAUGGUGAUCUGAGAACAGAUCAACUAUCAAGUAAAGCGACGAUGUCUAGAGCAGAAUCUAAUGGGAGAAUAGUUUUGGAUAGGAAUGAUGUAAAUGAGGAGAAAGAUCACCAGGAGAGACAGCGGAAGGGUUUACUCUUGCUUAAAAGUGCAUGGCCAACUGAACGAGAGCAGCCACUGUAUGAUGUUGAUCUCGUGAUAAUUCUGUGUGAAAUGAAUGCUUUUAAAGAAGGGCUCCUAUAUCUUUAUGAGAAGUUGAAAUUAUAUAAAGAAGUGAUUGCCUGCUAUAUGCAGGCACAUGAUCAUGAGGGUUUAAUUGCAUGCUGCAAGAGACUAGGGGAUUCGGGAAAGGGCGGUGAUCCUUCUCUUUGGUCAGAUCUAUUGAACUAUUUUGGUGAACUUGGAGAAGACUGCUCCAAAGAAGUGAAAGAAGUUUUGACAUAUAUUGAAAGGGAUGAUAUUUUGCCUCCUAUUAUUGUUCUUCAAACCUUGUCCAGAAAUCCAUGCCUUACGCUUUCUGUCAUUAAAGAUUAUAUAGCUCGAAAGCUGGAAAAGGAGUCAAAGCUGAUUGAUGAAGACCGAAGAGCUAUCGAAAAGUAUCAGGAGGAAACUUCAACAAUGAGAAAAGAAAUCCAGGAUCUUAGAACAACUGCAAGAAUCUUCCAGCUUAGCAAGUGUACAGCUUGCACUUUCACCCUUGACCUUCCUGCUGUCCACUUUAUGUGUAUGCAUUCAUUCCAUCAGCGAUGCCUUGGUGAUAAUGAUAAAGAAUGCCCCGAGUGCGCUCCUGAGUACAGGGCUGUUCUAGAAAUGAAGAAGAACUUGGAGCAGAAUUCUAAAAACCAAGAUCAAUUCUUCCAGCGAGUAAGAACUUCAAAGAAUGGAUUUUCUGUGAUUGCUGAGUAUUUUGGCAAAGGGAUCAUCAGCAAAACAAGCAAUGGACUUGCGGAAGCUCUAAAUUCAAGUAGCGAAUUCUGA